GUUGGCGAGUGCAUUACAGACCAUGAACUCGCAUUGUCCUCACCCGUGAAUUCCAAGAAAGAUCGAGGCCCCCAAAUCUAUCCCCGCCUUUAUCCACACGAACUCCACCACAAGCAGCUUCUUUCUUUCUUCUUCUUCUUCUUCUUCUGCUCCUGAAAGCUUUUAACGGCAGAAGAAUGGCUUGUGCAACCUUAACGGUGUCGUUUUGUCUCAAAAUUUCUUCCCCAUUGUGCUCUCCUCAGUCGACUCGGGCCUCCCACGGCCUCUCGGUCCAACUCGCUCCGUGCAACAAGUGGAGCUCGCUGAGACUCGGUUCCUCGCACAGCUUUUCUGGGUUCUUCGGCUCGGUUCUUUCUCAGAAGUUCCCCACAAUCAGUCCCCUCCCUCUCAGGCCUCGUUCUCUCACUAUCGUCUCCGCCAAAGGCUACAAAAUGAAGACCCACAAGGCUUCAGCGAAGAGAUUCAGGGUGACGGGCAGAGGGAAAAUAGUUCGGAGGAGAGCUGGAAAGCAACAUUUGUUGUACAAGAAGAACAACAAGAGGAAAUUAAGACUCUCCAAAAUGCACCCAGUCAACCGGAGUGACUAUGACAAUGUGAUUGGUGCCUUGCCGUAUCUGAAAGUAAAUAGAAAUGCAAAGUAGACAUGAUGUUUCCAUUUUAUGAGGGAGGCUUAUCUGGUCUGUAACAUGCUGAUUACUCACAUUUAUGUAGAAGACAAGUGCUUUGAUUUUAUCCUCACCGCUUGCAGUAGUUAUUGCUUGAAUUUGCUAGAGAAUGGUGGUUCUUUUUAGUUGGAUUCAAAUGCUGGUUGGCAAAUGUAGCCGAAAAAAUAGCUUUGUAUACAUUUAGCCAAGUUACUUUGAUCCUGUAUCAUUUUUUGGAAGCAAAAAACAUAAAUGUUUUACUGCAA